CGGCACGGCCCUCUGGUGAAUGAUUCGCUGCCUUUGAGUGCAGAGCUGGCCCCGGGCGGGUCACAUCUGUCGGCCCCAUUCUCCGCGCACAAAGGCUCGGAGGCCCCAGCGCCGGGCUGAUUAACGCGGGCAGGCUGCUUGCAUUGAGCAGGAGCCCACUGAAGAGAGCGGGGCACUUUCCUGCCUGCCUAAAAAACCCUUCCCCCCUGCUGGGAUCACCCCUGCUCUUCCAGGCCCCUCCAACCCUGCAGAGGGGGGCGAGGCUAUGUGAAAUCCCCCCUCUCUGUGGGCUCUGACCAAGCUGGAAACCCAUGGGCUUUGCCCAGCCUGGUCUGGGGAACAGCGGGGAAUUCUAGUUAGAGCUGGCUGCUCUCAUUUCCCCUGGAUGAGCCCCCGGGCUCACCUUGAAAUCAGGGCAGCGCUGCCUAGGGGACGGGCCUGCAGGGCAUUGCUGAUGGAAGACGAACAGCAGGGGUCACAGACCACAAUGGAGCCUCCUUGCUGUGGCUUCCAGGUAUCCCAGGGACAUGAGUGCUGCUGGGCUGGCACCCUCCCUGCUGGUGUGUCCCAUGCAGGCCCCACAUCUCCCAGACAGUGGCAUGGGCAGGCGGGCAGGAAACGCCCUUUUAGGUGGGGCAGGGGAGGAGGGUGGAGCUGCCAGCAGGGGCAGGGGAGGAACCAGUUGAACCAGGGCAUCUGCUUUGAUCCUGGGAAGAGAACCCAGGAGUCCCAGCUCCUAGCUGGAGCCUCCCUCCCUGGCCUGGGUUCCUGUGAGCUGGAACCUGAGCCCCGCGGGGCAGAUUGUCUUACAGCAGCUGGGAGCCUGGGCUGGGAGGGUGAGAUGCCUCCAGUGCUCACAGGGGAUGGGGUGGGCUCUUCAUUACCUGCUAACACUUUCCUGGCUGCUGUCCUGCAGGCGCUGGUCCAGCGCACUCCCCACCCGGAGCCAGGCCUGGCCAUUGCCUUGGGCACUGGCCAGGCCCAGGCUCAAGUCCCUGCACUGCCUCCAUCUCCCCACAUGACCCAGGGCACAUCGCAUAUACUUGCCAGCCCUCUGCCUCUGUUGGUGGGGGGUAACAGCCCUGUCUUGCUACUGUAGGAGGUGGGCAGGGAAGUGGUUAAAGUCUGCUGGGGCAUGGGGGGAGGGGGCAGAUGCUACACUGACCUGGUGAGGGGAAGUUGUGACUAGGCCACAGGAGGUACCACGCUGGCAUCUUCCCCCGGCCUGUAUCUGCAUGGAUCAGCUGCAGUGCAGCCAGGUUUAUUGCUGGGUGCUUACCUCAGUGCUUCACUCUCCCCCUUCUCGGCCUCCCAACUGAGGCUGGUCCAGGUCACUCAUACUGCGGGGCAGGCCGAGGCCUGGGACCAGCCCAGUUCCACUGCUCUGCAGGGACCGGGACCCCUAAACAGUGAAGCCCCGGGAACCUGGAGACCCUGGGAAUAGGGCAGGGGUUGUUCUCCAGGAUAACAGUGGAGGAGCCCAGGUGCCAUUCAGCACUUGAUGGGGAGGGGAAUGGGGACAGUGGGGCCCCCAGGGGGCAGCUGAGGGUUCCCCCUUUCUCCCUGACCUUAUGUCCCCUCUUGUGUGUCCCAUUCCCUGCCCCCGGCCUCCCCCAGAUGAGGACGUGUGCGUGUUCAAGUGCGCCGUGUCCCGCGAGACAGAGUGCAGCCGCGUGGGCAAGCAGUCCUUCAUCAUCACCCUUGGCUGCAACAGUGUCCUCAUCCAGUUCGCCACCCCCACCGAUUUCUGCUCCUUCUACAACAUCCUGAAGAACUGUCGGGGCCACAACACAGAGCGCUCCGUAUUCAGUGAGCGGACAGAGGAGUCGUCGGCGGUGCAGUACUUCCAGUUCUACGGCUAUCUGUCCCAGCAGCAGAACAUGAUGCAGGAUUACGUGCGGACGGGCACGUACCAGCGUGCCAUCCUGCAGAACCACAGUGACUUCAAGGACAAGAUUGUGCUGGAUGUGGGCUGUGGCUCCGGCAUCUUGUCUUUCUUUGCUGCUCAGGCCGGGGCCAGGAAGAUCUAUGCCGUGGAGGCCAGCACAAUGGCCCAGCACGCCGAGAUGCUUGUGAAAAGCAACAACCUGAUGGACCGGAUUGUGGUGAUCCCGGGGAAGGUGGAGGAGGUGUCACUGCCUGAGCAGGUGGACAUCAUCAUCUCGGAGCCCAUGGGCUACAUGCUUUUCAAUGAGCGCAUGCUGGAGAGCUACCUGCAUGCUAAAAAGUACCUGAAACCCAGCGGGAACAUGUUCCCCACGAUCGGAGAUGUCCACCUGGCCCCAUUCACAGAUGAACAGCUCUACAUGGAGCAGUUCACGAAAGCCAAUUUCUGGUACCAGCCAUCCUUCCAUGGAGUGGACCUGUCAGCACUGCGAGGAGCUGCGGUGGAUGAGUACUUCAGACAGCCUGUUGUGGACACCUUUGACAUCCGGAUCCUGAUGGCGAAAUCGGUCAAAUACACGGUGAACUUCUUAGAAGCCAAAGAAGGCGAUUUGCACAGGAUAGAAAUUCCCUUCAAGUUCCACAUGCUGCAUUCAGGGCUAGUCCACGGCUUGGCCUUCUGGUUUGAUGUGGCCUUCAUCGGCUCCAUAAUGACUGUGUGGCUGUCGACAGCCCCCACGGAGCCACUAACCCACUGGUACCAGGUGCGGUGCCUCUUCCAGUCCCCACUCUUCGCCAAAGCCGGUGACACGCUCUCAGGGACCUGCCUCCUCAUCGCCAACAAGAGGCAGAGCUACGACAUCAGUAUUGUGGCCCAGGUGGAUCAGACCGGCUCAAAGUCCAGCAACCUCCUUGACCUGAAAAACCCCUUCUUUAGGUACACAGGCACGACUCCAUCACCCCCUCCAGGAUCACACUACACGUCCCCGUCGGAGAACAUGUGGAAUGCAGGCAGCGCCUACAACAUGAGUACAGGCAUGGCUGUGGCGGGGAUGCCCACGGCCUAUGACCUCAGCAGUGUCAUCACAGGUGGCACCAGCGUCAGCCACAACAACCUGAUUCCUUUAGCUAACACAGGGAUCGUCAAUCACACGCACUCCAGGAUGGGAUCCAUCAUGAGCACAGGGAUCGUCCAAGGCUCCUCAAGUGGGCAGAGCAGCAGCAGUGGCAGCACCCACUACCCACUCAACAGCCAGUUCACCAUGGGGGGCCCAGCCAUCUCCAUGGCCUCACCCAUGUCCAUCACCACCAACACAAUGCAUUAUGGGAGCUAGGCGCCCACUGUGCUUGGACUGCCAGCGCCAGGAAACCAAAUGAAGAUGACCCCCUCCGCCCCUCCCCUCCACACCUCCACGAACUGCUGGACCCCUCCUCCCCUGUCUGCCGCACCGCUGCCAUUGCUGCUGGGAAGACCUUGCUGCGGCCCGGCAACCCAUUCUUUGAUACCGGACUUGGACAACUUUUUUACAAAAGGGUGGGGCCAAGGGACCCACCUGCCCCACCUUCCCCCCCACUGUGCUAGCUGCCCCCCACCCUCCCUGAGCGAUCAUGUAGCUGAUGCUGUUUUAGUUCGUGAGCUUCCAUAACAGACAGGCAUGGGCUGCAGUGCGGACCUAUCCCACUGGGGAUGGGGACAUUGAUAACCCCCAUCCCCCCCUUCCCCUACCACCAAGGGCUUGGCAGGCAGGCAGGCAGGGGGAUGGGGCUGGGCCUGGGGGAGGUGGGAGGUUGCCCCGGCUUGUUCCUCUUCUGAGGCUGGUGCAUAAAGGGCCCUAUGUUGUAGCCCCUUGCAGGGCAGCCUCCCGCCCUCCCCCUUGCUGGCGUGAGGGCUCAACCAGCCCUGGUGCCUUGUGGGGAAAGAAGAGCCCCUUUGUGCCUCGCUUUCCCCAGCCAUGCCCUUUGGGGGGGGGAGUGGGGGGGGGGGCCUGGAGCCCUUGGACACCACCCAGUGGCAAGUUCAGCCCUCAGCAGCAUGGUGUGCGGGCCUGCCAGCUGCAACGGUCUUGCCAGCUGUUAUGGAAGGCGCAGUCCCCUAGCUCCCUAGGACGGCGAAUCCAUUUAUGUUAAUGACCCUCCAAGCAGUGACCGUGUGCCUCGCCCCACCCUCCCUUUCUGGUUCCUUUCUAAGGGCCGCGAGCGGCGUUGCUCGGAAGGAUUCUGCAGGGACACCCCCACCCCCAUCCCUGGCCAGAGAGAACCGCGUGUCUCCCACAGGCCGGUCCCGUCCGCCCCCGGCCAGCCAUGCCAAGUGGCCAGGGGCUGGCAGGGGGAGGGCACCGUGUCUCAGGCCGGUGCCCAUUGGUAGGAGUAGCAGUGUUUGGGCCGUAGUACUGAAUAAAUGGGAGGGUUUCGAAGGUCUGCUGCCCCUGCUGGCUCUUUCUUGGCAGGGGUCAGGGCCUGAGACAGCAGCCCUGGCCACAUCCUCAGCCCACCUUCCCCAGGAACCUAGUCACCAGCCAACAGUUGGGGGAGGUUGGCUCUGGGGCAGGAGGGAAACCAAGGCCCAGAUAACUGCCUCAGAGCUCUUCGCUCCUAAUGUCCCCAGCUCCUGCAGCACUAACCAGCCCUUCGCAGGAAGAACCAGCUGCUCCCAGGAGUCAGACUUGGCCCAUGCCUCUUGGCUGGCAGCUUAGCAG